AGGAGUGGAGAACCGCUGGUAGACUAAUUGGCUUAGGUAUUCCGCGAGCGCUGGAAAAGGUCGCUGAAGGAGUUGGCUGCACACACACAAAAUAAUAAUCUUAAAAAAGAGUGCCGGGCAUGCGCACACAGAGGAUGCCAUAUUGGAAGGAGGCUGUAGUGGAAGUCGGAGCACCGAAGCGGGCGCGCGAGGGAGGCGGCGGGCGGGAGCGAGUCGGGCCCAGCGAGCCGGAGCGAGGCCGCGAGGGCGGGCGAGGCCGGCGGCCCCCUCGGCGGCGCCGGGGGCCUGGGUCCGCUUGGAGGAAGGAGAACUUCACCAGGUAAUUCUUCCUGUGGGAUGCAUUAAGAGAAGAGGAUCCUUCCUUGUUAGGAAUGGAGAGCAGUUUGUCAAUUUCCAACAUGCAAGACCCUUCCUCUUCCCUCUUGGAAAAACAACAAAAAGCUAAUGGUAAUGGAGAUCUUGAUUCAGAAGGUUCAAGCUUGGAGGAAAUUGGCUUCAACUGGGGAGAGUAUUUGGAAGAAACAGGUGCCAGUGCGGCUCCUCACACGUCAUUCAAACACGUUGAAAUCAGUAUUCAGAGCAACUUCCAGCCAGGGAUGAAAUUGGAAGUGGCUAAUAAGAGCAACCCAGACACAUACUGGGUGGCCACCGUCAUCACCACCUGCGGCCAGCUGCUGCUUCUGCGCUACUGUGGCUGUGGGGAGGACCGCCGGGCUGACUUCUGGUGUGACGUGGUGACAGCGGACCUCCACCCUGUGGGGUGGUGCACACAGAACAACAAGGCCUUGGUGCCCCCGGAUGCAAUAAAAGAGAAGUAUACAGACUGGACGGAAUUUCUCAUUCGUGAUUUGACUGGUUCCCGGACAGCACCUGCCAACCUCCUGGAAGGUCCUCUGCGAGGGAAAGGCCCUAUAGACCUCAUUACAGUUGAUUCCUUAAUAGAACUUCAGGAUUCUCAGAACCCUUUUCAGUACUGGAUAGUUAGUGUGAUUGAAAAUGUUGGAGGAAGAUUACGCCUUCGCUAUGUGGGAUUGGAGGACACUGAAUCCUAUGACCAGUGGUUGUUUUACUUGGAUUACAGACUUCGACCAGUUGGUUGGUGUCAAGAGAGUAAAUACAGAAUGGACCCACCUUCAGAAAUCUAUCCUUUGAAGAUGGCCUCUGAAUGGAAAUGUGCUCUGGAAAAAUCCCUUAUUGAUGCUGCAAAGUUUCCUCUUCCAAUGGAAGUAUUUAAGGAUCACGCAGAUUUGCGAAGCCAUUUCUUCACAGUUGGAAUGAAGCUGGAAACGGUGAAUAUGAACGAGCCUUUUCAUAUAUGUCCUGCAUCAGUGACUAAGGUUUUUAACAAUCAUUUUUUCCAAGUGACUAUUGACGACCUAAGACCAGAACCUAGUAAACUCUCAAUGUUGUGUCAUGCGGAUUCCUUGGGGAUUUUACCAGUACAAUGGUGCCUUAAAAAUGGAGUCAGUCUCACACCUCCCAAAGGUUACUCUGGCCAGGACUUCGACUGGGCAGAUUAUCAUAAGCAGCAUGGGACAGAGGAAACGCCUCCCUUCUGCUUCAGAAAUACAUCAUUUAGUCGGGGCUUCACAAAGAACAUGAAACUUGAAGCUGUCAACCCCAGGAAUCCAGGAGAACUCUGCGUGGCCUCUGUUGUCAGUGUGAAGGGGAGACUGAUGUGGCUUCACCUGGAAGGUCUGCAGACUCCUGCUCCCGAGUUCAUUGUUGAUGUGGAGUCCAUGGACAUCUUCCCAGUGGGCUGGUGUGAAGCGAACUCUUAUCCUUUGACCACACCACACAAAACAGUCUCACAAAAGAAGAGAAAGAUUGCAGUUGUGCAACCGGAAAAACAAUUGCCGUCCACAGUGCCUGUUGAGAAAAUACCUCAUGACCUUUGCUUAUUCCCUCACCUGGAAACCACAGGUACCGCCAACGGGAAAUACUGCUGUCCUCAGCUCUUCAUCAACCACAGGUGUUUCUCAGGCCCUUACCUCAACAAAGGUAGAAUCGCAGAGCUACCUCAGUCAGUGGGACCAGGCAAAUGCGUGCUGGUUCUUAAGGAGGUUCUUAGCAUGAUCAUCAAUGCAGCUUACAAGCCCGGAAGGGUUUUGAGAGAAUUACAGCUGGUGGAAGACCCCCACUGGAAUUUUCAGGAGGAGACACUAAAGGCAAAACAUGGCUUUGUCUCCCGGCAGGACAUUGACGGCCAGGCACUCCUGCUGCUGACUCUUCCGACGGUGCAGGAGUGCAUGGAGCUGAAGUUGGGACCUGCCAUCAAGCUAUGCCAUCAGAUUGAGAGGGUCAAAGUGGCCUUCUAUGCCCAGUAUGCCAACUGACUCCCUCUUGGAGGUGGCCCAGUCUUGGAGAUGCACUGUCUUGGGAAGGUUUUUAGGAUGGAGGCUUUUGUUCUGCUGGGAUAGUGAGACAGCACAUACACUAAGUAUCACCAAGAAGCAGGAGGCAAGAGGGCUCUGCCAUCAGCCAGCCUGUUUGACAUUUUCGUGUUUGUAACGCACACCCAAGUCCCACAGCAGCGGCCUCUGUGGAGUGUAAGUGAAGUUCUGAGUUGGAACCUACGGGAAACUGAGGCGCUUCUUUGUAGGGCCGAGUCUCAUCUUCCUCCUGCUCCAAACCAGGCAGCCUCCUAGGAAGGAGGUUUCCUAAACUAAGGCCCACAUUUCUUCGAGAGCUAAGGCACAGCUGCUGUCUUUCCAGAUGUGACCAAGGAGGAUGCCUGGCUGGUAGUUUUUGCUUUAAUCACUCUCAGGCACAUUUCCAGAUGCUUCUUUCAUAAUGAUACACCUGUGGCUACAUGGUUGUCACCGCAGUUUGAUCUUGAUAGCAACUCAUUUCUCCAAAACAAUUGUGGUGAUGUUUCAGGAUGUAGUUGUAAAAAGAAGGGUUAACGGGCACGGUCUGUCAGAGGUGCCUUUCAGGGAGCACAAGGUAUUAUCGCUGUGAGACAGUUUUCCUGGAGUGAUGGACAUCUAGAGUCUGUAGAGAGUUCUGUUUGCUGUCUUUCAUAGAACUUCAGACAUCUCUAACGUCCUGAUAUAAUUGUGACCAGAUCAAGGAGUGACUGCUUGGGUCCCUUGGGAAAUGCUGAGUUGUAUAGUGAAGGAAGAGUUUAAUUUAAGAGAGCAAGAGGAAAAGAUUGAGAGAAGCUUUUUCUAGCCCAGCUGUGUCUGCUUAGAGGACCACUGCAGCAGGUCUCCUGCGGAGCUCCUUGUGCACCACCUGGUGCACCGCCUGGUUCAGCUCUGCCCUGGCGCACGCAGGGCCUGGAGCAGUGAGGAGGCGGUAUGUUCCCAACAGGAUGCAUCGGAGCCAGCACUGUGUCAGUCCUGGGUCCUCUCCUGGCAUGGCUAAUAACUAACUCUGUGACCUUGGAUGCCUUUGAAUUGUCCUGGACCUCAUUCCUGUGAGGUGACAGGUUUGAACACUGAGGAGUGUAGAGGUGAACACACAUCCCCUUUGCCUCCAUCCUGCUCGUGCCAUGAGGGGAGAGUCCAGAGUGGCCAAAAUGAGGAAAAGAAAGUGAAAAAGAAGCAAGUCAUCGCAGCUUUUAACUCCUUAUUCUUUAUUUUCUUCAGCUCACGUUGGCUUUAAGGUGCUUAUGACAUUUCUCGGGCAUUUUUCAUUAAGUCAGCUAAGUUAUUUGCAGAGAGAUCUGUGGUCUGGGAACUGGCUGAUUUUUUUGUACCAACCUCUCACCCAUCUGUGUCCAUGAGUGAUCCAGUGCCACCAUCCAAAGGCAGUGGGCCAACCCGCUCUGCUGUGCUCUUUGUGCAAAUGUCUUUGUCAGUACAGGCAAGGGAAUGGCACCUCCAGCUUGCCCAGAAGUGGAUGCCAAAGCAGAGGCUGAAACGCCUGCCUGCUACUCUGUUGCAGUCAUUACCUUGGUCUUCUCUUUGAUAAGAGUCUCACCAAUCCCAGUAACACUGUGUGGUGGCUCAUUAGCUGUUCCUGUUUCUGCUCCAUUUUCAGGUGUGAUUAUCGGUCAGAUUUUGAAAAGUGUGAUUACUAAUGCUAACCUUUACUAAUGUUCUGUGACUGUUACAGAUGAAAAACAAAAAUUUUGCCAUUGAGACUUCAUGAUGUCCCAUGUAGCCGAUCUCAGUAGUUAAGUUUUCAGCAUUAGGCAAGUGGAUUUGCCCGGGGGCCUCUGAUGGAAGGCCAUGUGUGGACCUGUGCCAGCGGCACCACUGUGAGGAUGGCAGUGCCGGGGUGGGUCACGCUCCACCUGCACUCAGGUCUUUCCUAAGCUCAUGUUUCUGCCACCCUGCCUUCCCAGCCACAUACUUUUUGACCUUAAAGCCCUCAGUCUUAUGGCAUUGAACUCUCAGACAAGUGGAAGCAGUAUCCAUUUCAAGAUCUUUGGCAUUUUUCCCUGCACUGACUUGUUGACGAUCCCUCACUGUGGCCUUUUCAAGCUGAGCUACUGUUGCAUUUGAAACAGGAAUGAAGGAAUGUGACAGUGUACUUCCAGAAUGAAUGUCACCUUGUCGUGGACUUUCUAGGAAUGGCACAGAGGAAGAGAUGCCACAUUGAGUACGUAGAUCUUCGGAGUAUCUCUGGAGCCAAGAGGUCUUGCUCUGGGCAGCCCCGGACGGGACAUGGCUGCCGUUGCUGGGGGAGCGUCCUCUUCCUGAGAGGCCAGAUGCCCAUAACUCUCCCUGUCUGCAGUCUCUGUCCAUACGGAUCAACCACUUCACAAGCCUCUGCUUUGGAAGGAGGGGACCGCCGCAGCUCGAGGUAGAUGGCGCAGCUCCAUAAUGAAGGUCAUCCACAGGCCAUCUCCCAGCCCUUCCAAGGCCCAGACAUAGUUUAGGACUAGAGCAAACCUUUUGUUCUGAGUGUGGCCAAUGUCCUUCUGAACUUGGAUUGUUUGGGGGCUUCUCAUGAUAGUUGCUGUACUUCUUCACAUCAGGAGGAAUUCGGCCACAGAAUUUUAAGGUGGUAUCCAUUUCUCUGUAGGAUUCACCUCUCACCAGCUGCUUUAUGGAUCAUUUCCAAGGAACAUUUUACCGUGUUGGUCUGUUCUCUUGGCAAGAAAUGGUGGUUUUACACCAUAUCCCUGGAACCACCACAGCCCCUGAGCCAAAAGUUUGUUGGUUGAAACACUCCAACAGAUGACGCCUCCUUCCCUCUCUGUCCCCAGAUGCUACAAUCGCUCCUCUGUCUCUCUGAUAAUACUUUGGGACCAACGUCCUGUCCUCUGUACACACUGUACUGCUCAUUACCUCCUGGAGCUGGCGGAGAAGAGUGGUUUCCCUUUCCUGGCCAAGCAGACACUUGCAUUCUGUACAGUGUGUAUAACAUGAGAAGCAUAGGUGCCACCUCAGCUUUAAUCAGCUGCUGCUCAGUGCCACCCCAAAACCAACAGCGCUUGUUCCAGCCCCUAACUUCUUGACCGAAUUUGUAGUGUGUUGGGAAAAUAUCACCAUCUGCAAAAAUGUAAACCUAAAAAGAGCAGGGUACAUCUGGCAUUAUAGAACUUCUUUGAUUUUUCAAAACAAAAUGAAAAAACAAAUACUAGUUUCCUUUACCAUGAAGUUGCAUAGUAUAGAGUACACAUCCAUCACCUUUAAAAUUAGGUUCAUUUGAUCCAAGUUUGACUCACAUGGUGUUUGAGCUGUUCCACUCUUAGGUAGCUUUACCUUCUGUGAUCGUAUUCAAAAGAUUAUUUCCUGUGUUUUAUUUGUUCCUCAGUAAGUUGAAAUGACUAAAGCCUUUCACACUGCCACCUCUGACGCUUCCUACAAUCUCUAGAAGGUUGAUUGUGAUCAGCCUAUGAAGAUUGGAUCCGUUUCCUAAUCUGUCUCAUAGCAUUUUGAGUGUUGUAUUGGGCAAGUUCUGAGAUUUGCCUUUUAUCUUCUACCAAACAUCUCUUCCUAAGAGCUGUUCUGCCUUUGUUUCGGGAGCACUAGGAGUUUUCAUACUUCUUCAGAGGAACACCCAUUUAUAUUUACUUCUGUAUAUAGAACUCUUAAAACUGUGAUGUUGAAGGUCUAUGUUGUGGUUCGAGCAUCACGGUUGCUUUUUGAUUAACAGGUGAAUCUAGGCUCCAAGAACUGUAUUCUGUCGUUAGAGAGCUGUGAUGAAGUGUGCAAUUUUUUGAAGGGAAAAAUAGGAAACUAAGGUCUCUGCAGUUUGAAAAGAAGAACUCCCUGGAGAAAGACACACACUACCCAUAUCUCUGGUGCAGUAAGUAAAUAGCAAGGGAAAGCUGUUUUGGCAACUAUUAUAAUUUAAUGAUCUCUUAAUCCUUUAUUUUCUGUUCAAGGGUUUUCUGGAAAUGGCUCUAUUUCCUUUAACUUGAUUGAAUAUUUAAGUUGAUUGGUUAUCACAGCUUUUAUCACUAGAGAUAAGAGUAUGGGAGACAAACCAAAUUGUGCUACUUUUGACCCGCUUAUUUUACUCUGUCACAUGGUGCUGCCUUGGGUUUUAGUCAAAAGCAUCUUCAGUUUAGAUGAUAAGUGAUGACUCAAACAAUGUCCUGAGCUGUAGUCUUCCCGUCUUGUCAUGUCUUUUCAUCAGCUAGAAUUCAGUACCAGUGAGUCUGUAGGUCUUGUCACGUCAGCAAGCCAGAGAGCAGAGGUCUUGUCACGUGGGCCAGAGAGACUCACUGAAGAAAAAGUAAGGUCUGGGACAAGUGUGUGCUGAAAAUCACCUUAGGGCGGGGAAUAGGAGACUUCUUUUUAGAUGACAGAGAAAAGGAUCAUCUCAUCUGUUCAGAAUGGGAGCCAGCAUGAUACCUGGAAGCAUAAACGAUACCUAGUAGUGAGCGUCAGAAGACCUUUUACUGUUUUGCAUUCCAGUUUGAACAGUUUGUACUGAAAUUUGAUUCAUAUCUUGUGAAUGUUUUGGUGUGUAAAAGGAAAAAUUGGUGUUUUUACUUUUGAGAUUUGCAGGACAAAGGGCAUGUUGUUGGUUUGCUGUAAGAUUGUAUUCUGUAUAUAUGUUUUCAUGUAAAUAAAUGAAAAUCUAUAUCAGAGUUAUAUUUUAAUUUUUAUUCUUAAUGAAAAAACCCUUUUUACUUGAAAAAAAUUGUAAGUCACCUUGUUAAUAAAGUAAAAAUAAAUUCUG